GGCCUUCCUCCCAUCUUCCGACUCCCGCAGCCUCCGGUUCCGAAUCCCUCCUCGCGCAAGCGGUUUCGUCUCCGUCCGGUGGUGAGAGAGAUGGCGGGCCGUGGCAAGGCAAUUGGCGCGGGCGCGGCGAAGAAGGCGACGUCGAGGAGCUCCAAGGCCGGACUGCAGUUCCCCGUCGGCAGGAUCGCAAGGUUCCUCAAGGCCGGCAAGUACGCCGAGCGCGUCGGCGCCGGCGCGCCCGUCUACCUCGCCGCCGUCCUCGAGUACCUCGCCGCUGAGGUCCUGGAGCUGGCCGGGAACGCGGCGCGUGACAACAAGAAGACCCGCAUCGUGCCUCGCCACAUCCAGCUCGCCGUCCGCAACGACGAGGAGCUCACCAAGCUGCUGGGCGGGGCCACCAUCGCGAGCGGCGGCGUGAUGCCCAACAUCCACCAGCACCUGCUCCCCAAGAAGGCCGCGUCCUCCAAAGCCUCCAGCCACGACGACGACGACAACUGAGGCCGCCGCCGGGAUCUGACCAUCGUCUCGUUGCUGGUUUAUAAGUAGGAGUAGGGGUUUGCUGUCUUCGUUUCUGGAAGAGUUCGAUGCGUUGGGGGAAGUAGGAGAUGGUAGCGAUUUCUUGGUUAAUGCUUUGGAAUGAAUGGAUGUGAACAUGUCGAAAUUUUUUCGGUUGUUGAACUCAUGGAUGUAAGCCAGAUGGUGUAUUGGUUGAAGAAAUGGGAAGACGAAACUUUGGGCUACCUGUGGUGCCUGUGAUCUUGA